UGUGUCUAUGGCAACGCGGGACGCUUGUCCGGCAGUGCAGUGCCUGGGCACCAGAGGAUGGGGACGGCCGGAUGGAGCUCUGAAGUAACUCCAGAAGUCUGUCACAUUUCAUUUGUGUUCCCAAAUGGAGACACUUAUGAUGGUGAAUGCACACGGUCAGCAACAGGAGUAUUUGAGAGAAAUGGAAUGGGAGUAAAUAAAUCUCCAAAUGGUGUUACAUAUACUGGAUCCUGGAAAAAUGACAAGAUGAAUGGAUUUGGGAAACUUGAACAUCCUUCUGGAGCAGUUUAUGAAGGCGAAUUCAUUGACAAUAUGUUCCAUGGGAUUGGCACUUACACAUUUCCCAGUGGUGCACAGUACCUUGGAGGCUUUUGUAAGAACAAGAUGAUGGGAGAAGGUGAAUACGUAGAUGCAAGCGGGCUCCACUGGAAAGGAUCUUUUUACAACAAAGCAGCACCAGGACUAAAACUAAAAAUGAAAAUGUAA